CCCCGCCCGCCACGGGAGGCGCCUCUCUGCACGUUCCCCAGAGUCCCCACCGGGCGAAGAGGCUUUGGGGUCUGGGGCGCGUCUCCCUCAGCGAGGCUGGCGCUCCAAGACAUGAGCCCCGCGGAGCUCGGAGGAGCAGCCGGCCAGGGGACCUUGGCGCUGCCCCUCGGGCCCCGCGCCGCCUUCACCUGACGCUGCUCCUGCCUUUGGGACCGCAGUCCCCCGGGAAAGGGCGAGGCGCGUCGAGGCACACACCCAACACAAUACACACACACACACACCCCCAAUAGACGGCAUGGUCGAAGCCGCGCUUUCUGAAGGAAAAGUUUGGACUCCGGGAAGGGCUGGUUCCGGAGCAAAGCGGGAAAAGCCAGCCAGCCGCUGGCACCGGUUGUUUCCCAGGCCAUUUCUUUCCUGUCCUCGCUAGCCUUGUCUUUCUCCCGACCGAGCGCGGAAUUCUCGUAGGAGAAGAAAAGGAGGACACCCUACUUCUCAAUGGAGAAUUCUUAAAAAAAUAGGAUGUACUUUGGACCUGGAUAUGAGCAUUAGGAGGAGCUGGGACCCCACCUGAUCAGAAUGAAACAGAUGCUGAAAGAUUUUUCAAAUCUGUUGCUAGUCGUGCUCUGUGAUUAUGUACUGGGAACGGUGGAAUAUCUUCUCUUGGAGCAACCAACGCACGUAGCUUUAAGCAACGGCACAGUAUCCGUAGGGUUGCAGAAUUAUGAUGGGAGCAAUGUGACAUGGAGAAACCUCUCCGUCUUGCUCACGGAUGCCAGCACCAACCAAACAGUUGCAAAGAAGCAACUUACGCAAGGCCAGGACCGUGAUCUGGUCACCUUCGAAUGUUUUCAUUUUAAGAGGGCUGGGAACUACAGUUUCAAAAUAGUUUCUGAAUUCAUCAAUGGUACUCAUCCCCAGUGGAACAGAAAGAGUAUCCCACUGACGGUGGAGUGGCCUGUAUUUCACUUUGAUUUGAGGAGGACUUCAGAAAGCCGUGGGACUUCGCUUCAGCUUGUGCUCUUUACAGAUGCCUAUUUAUGUCCACGGAAUGAGACUGUGAUUUCUUUAGAUAUAAUACUGACCAGCAGUUUUUAUGAGUUAGAAACACUAAUCAUGAAAGAGACUGUGGGAAUGAGAACUAGGAAAAAACUUGAUCUGUUUAGGUCCCAGUUGGUGACAUUUGACUGCCAGUUGGCUAGCCAAGAGCCAUUCGUUGCUGUGUUGCUGAAAGCAGUAGAGACCAAUUCAAUCAUUGCUUCAACAGGACCUAUAAAUCUUGUGCGCAAAUUUGGCUACAAAUUAGUUCUGCCAGAAGAAAUUGUAUGUGAAUCUUCAAUCAUGGUUUCUGUUCUUCCUCCUCCGUGUACUUCUGCUGCUGGACGCAUUACUGUGUUAAAGUAUCAUCUUGGGCCUUUGGGUAAAAGGGCAUUAAAGCUACACGAAAGCAUUGUGAAUCCAGAGGACAAGAGGAUAGCAUUCAACUGCACCCUGUUUGACAAAGGCACACACAAAUACUGCUUUGAAUUUAGGCAGCUGGACCAACAUGAUUCUGCACUGAGAGCAAAAGAAUGUGUGCUCAUCCAAAGGAAUGUUGAAUCCUGGAGCCUAUGGCAGGCCUGGACCCCAUGUAGCGUGACAUGUGGGGAUGGCAUCCGCGAGCGUUAUCGAGAAUGCCUCACAUCUCUCCCAGUCCUGACAGAACAAGAGUGUGUGGGGAGGCAUCGGGAAGCGUCUCUGUGCUCUUUGGAGGAAUGCACUACCACAAGGUCUCCACCCAUCACACCCUUGCACAAUGAUCAGAGAGCCACCAAUAAUCUGGUCACUGUCACUGGUAUCUCCUUGUGUUUAUCCAUCAUAUUUGCAACGAUCCUUAUCACCCUAUGGAGGAAGCUUUGCAGGACCCAGAAAUGUAGCACCCCUGUGCGCUGCGACUCUGCCCACUCCCCCGGCUUCAGGAAGAACUCCGAUGAAGAGGAUAUCUGCCAAGAGGGGCAGCGGGGAGACAGCUUUUCUGAGAGAGAAGCCCCUUGUUCACCGCACGAGGAACCCGAUAGGCCUUUGAAUCUGAGAUGCCUUCAUUUCGCUCAAGAAGAAGGUUCUUCUGCUAAUGAGAGCUUUCAGUCCGGUGCUCAGAAAAUAAUCCCCCCCAUUUUCAGCUACCGCCUCGCACAGCAGCAGCUGAAGGAGAUGAAGAAGAAGGGCCUCACAGAAGCAACCAAGGUUUACCAUGUUUCUCAGAACCCUUUGACAGACACGGUGAAUGCCGAAAACCAGGAGGCUGUGGGUACAAGCAAGUUCAGAAUAAAGUCUCCCUUUUUGGAGCAACCACCCGGUCACCCCCAAUUACCAGGCAACAGGCCCAGUUCUAUGGUGGGCUUUGCGCCAUCGGCAGUUGAACCCACCUGGAGCCCUACGCAGUCUCUAAUUAAAAGAAGUCACCCCAGAUACCUUGAUUACAAGGCAGAGCCAUCAGAGAGAAGCUACUUGAGAAGCUCCCAGUUCAGAAGAACGGCUAGUUUUCAUGAAGCUCGAAAAGCCAAGCCAUUCCGGAAAAGAAGCAUGUCCACGCUUACACCAAGUCAGACUCCUCAUUACCACUGCAGAGCCAGAAUAUGGGGUUCUGUCCCUGAAGAACAGCAUCAGUCUGAACCUCAAAGUGUCAAGCAGAAUACUAUAGAGCUUGACCUGUAUCCCAGCACUGCUUUAACUACCGAGGUGAUGACCGGUGGGGUGCAGAAUCCCCAUAGAUGGGAACCACUUCUGGGGAAACAGCCAGAUCUUCCUAAUAAUCAACAGCCUUUGUCCCAAAGGCUCUAUGCUGAUAAACCAGAGCAGAAAAGAAACAGAGGCAGCCCCUUGCUAAGUUCUGGGGAUCCCUGGAGGAAAGAACCUGCCGGAGCGUCUCUAAAAAACACUCACCAAAGAGAUGUUCUCAGCCCCGCCCAGUACAGGAAGAGCAAAUGCCAGAGCUUCCCAUCUGAUCCUGAGUAUCAUUUCUAUGACAACAGUACCUUCGGGUUGACUGAAUCAGAACAGCAAAUGAUUGACCUGCCAGGCUAUUUUGGCUCUAAUGAAGAUGGUGAAAUGAGUACUUUAAGUAUUGAAAACCUGGUGAUCUGAAUUUCCUGAUGCCGUUGUGCCAACCCUUAUGGGUUGGCAUGAAAAGCUGCUGCAGCAUGCACAACCACAAAACCUUUGGAUAAUUUUUUUUUUUAAUGCAAUGCCUGGAGCCAGUCUUCGUUUCCUUAGAGGGGAAAGAGGCCCAGUCCUCCCUAAAGGGCACGCAUCUGCAAACGGACACAAAAUCACUUUUGGAAAACCAAAUGAUUCUCUGACGUAAGAGACAUAAGCUCUUCCUAAAUUAGUGCCACUACUUCUGGAGUCCCUUUUCCAUGGAUGAUGUUGGGUCAGGCGGAUGGGAACUAUAGGCCAAAACAUCUGGGGGGACAAAAGUGCUCCAUAUAUAGCAAAAAAGGGGGAUUCCAUCCAUCACAAGGAUAAAGAGUGGAUGGCCCUCUAAAUCGUAUAGGACUGCAGCUCCCUUCAUUGCUACUCUUGAUUAUAACUUCAGUCCAGCAACUGUUGGAGGGCUAUAUAGUCCUCACUCUGAACUACACAGAAGCAACCUUUUCCCACCAUAACCCAGACUGCUGCUGCUACUAAUACAGCAGCAGUUCAAAAUUUACUUGGCAUAGUUUAUGUUUGGCAAUUCUUUCUCCCAUGACUGAUCUGUGGCUUGUUCUACAUUUGUUUUCCUUCUGAAAGUAUAAGUAAAAAUACACCCUGAAACCACAAAAAG